CUUCCUUUAGCUUCUCUUCUUCUCUGUGCAAUACUCAGGAGAAUUUCUCGAAACAAAGCCUCUCCAGCUCCAUAUUGGAAACAGAGGAGGAAGACCCACUUCCCCGCUAGUACAUCAGGAGCCAGGAGUAUCAGACUGUCUGCAACUAAUGGUGAAAUCAAAGCAAACACAGUUAGCUGCAAAGCCUGCAAGCAAGAAAAAUACUAAAAGUGGUAUCAGGAACACAUCAACUGCCAAUAUUGAGGUUGACCUGCAGGGAGAAGACAGUUGGAUUAUAGUUAAAAAGCAGAGAGUCACAAUUCUGGUGCCUCCUUUACCUGUGGCCAAGACAUCCAAAGCCACAAACCUAGGACCAAGUCAGUUGCAAGCCAUGCCAAAGGAAACAGUGGAGAACCAAUCAAAGCCCGCUGAUCAGACAUGUCCCAACUUGCCCUCAGUCAAUGAACGAGAAGAGUUUCCUUCAUCAGCCAGUAAAAAGGUUAUUGAAUCUGCAAGGAGGUCUCCUGUUCAACCCUUUUCAAAAAUAGCCAAGUCACAGAGACUAGAUUGUAGAACAGGGUCACAGUACCCAAAUCAAGUAUGUACUUUAAAAUCUCAGAAGAUACAUGGUGUGUCUGAAACCUCAAAAACUAUUGAGAAGCUUAGAUUACUCCAUGGCCCCAGAGGACCCAUUGCUGGCAACAUGUUACUGAAUUGGAAGCUAAGGGUGUCAAAUCUGGAGAGGAAGCUUCAACAAGUUGGUGGGUUGAGCAGGUGGUUGACGUCAUUAGGACUAGGGCAGUUUGUGAGGAUUUUUCAGGCCCAAAAUGUCAAUAAGUUUCAGUUGGUUAAUUUAACAAUGAAAAAACUUAAGGAGAUGGGUGCAGAUGCAGUUGGUCCCAGGAGAAAGUUGAUACAUGCCAUUGACUGUGUUUGUCAGCUAUUUUGAGGCUUUUUGAGUGUCCUUUUCUAUCUAGGAGCCAUUGUGAAUUGAUCAGAUGGGAGAAAUUUAAGAAAAUGGAGCAGAGUUACCUUUUUUGUGGAUGUUCAAGCUAUAAAACACCAGAAACUGGACCUUGAAUGAUAGUAAGCAGGCAUGUAGAGUGACAGAAUAGCAUGCUUGGCUGGACUCAAUACUAAGAACUAAGAAGGUACAAAAUCAUAUGACUGUCUUCUCUGGCUGUACUGUACUUCUGUUCCAAUAUUUUAUCAGUUACAAAUUUCAAUCAGAUGUGCCAUUCCCAGAUAAGCAGCUUGACAACAGGUGGAUGUGUGCCAUGUAUAGGCAUGAUUGUGUGAAGUAGGUUUUUUGUCUUGCUGUUUCUUCCUCUGCUUAUCUUCUUUGUGCUUGCUCACUGGAACUGACUUCAGGCUCUUUCAGUUGCUUCCUAAUAUCAGCCAGUGAGCAAAUGCAUCCAGGGAAGGAUAUUCCAGACUUUGUACAUGUGUACAAUCUAGUGACCCUCUGUGUAGAAUUAUGGACUACAUUGUAUCUCCUUUCAUUUUCUCUUGAUAAUGAACUGCAAUUGUGCUA